CACGCACACAUAUACAUUUGUGUAUACACAUACAUAAGAUUUUAUUGUAUAUAUAAAUAUACUUUUAUCCCUCGGACUUUAUCUACAGUGGCGCGGCGUACAGUGCAGUGUGCGUUAACCGUACUGCCGUAACCGUGGUACCCGUACCCGCAGUAGUAAUUGAUCGCGUACGCUUUCGGUAAGUUGGCUGUUCUUCUCGCACAAUAAUAAUACAUAGGUACUAGUAUUAUGUUCACUCAUUUAGCCUAAUAAUAAUUUUUUAUUUAAUUUGUUCAAAUUUGUCAAUCACGGUUCAUAGAUCUGAUUAGUAAGUCAUUGUAAACACGUAAUAAUAAAUUGUCAUUUGUAUAUCAAUUUUGUUUAAUAUAGGCGUUUACCCUUAAGUAUAUAAUAUAUAUUACUUAUACCUGUACAAUUUUUGGUGAGUUGUUAUUUUAUAUUAUUAUUUAUAACGUUUUAACGAUACCUUUAUAUUGGGAAAUGUACUAUGUAUUUGUGAUGUUAAUUAAGAUAAAAUAAUAAAAAAACAUCGUAUAUAAGAAUUGAAUACAAUUUUGGUGCAUAGGCGUGUCUCGACGGGCGGUAGGGUAGGUAUCUGCAGCAGCAUCCCUUUGAUCCCCAGGGAGGUCGUUAUAGGUAUUAUUUUUCUUAUCCUAUUAUUUUCUUAAUUUCGCAUAAUAUAUAUUAUUAUGUUUUAUGCACAUUUUCCCCCGUUUUUCCUAUAUUGACACGAAAACUCCUAAACCAUGUAAAAUAUUUAAAACGUAAAUCAAUAUUAUCGUGUCUAAUAAAAAAAUAAUAUGCGAUUGAUAUUAUGGUGUUAUUAUAUAUUCGUUGGAUAGUAUACCUACGUUUAUUUAUUUAUUUCAUAUUAUUUAUGUUUAUCUCUAAUUAUUAUUAUGAAGUCAUAGGUGCCCGCAGGAUAUUUAUCUGCAGGGAGGGGCAGUACUGAAUCCAGAUAAUUUUUUAGGGGGAGUGAUAUUACUAAAACAGUUUGUUUUUUGCUUUUAUACUUAUCUACCCUCUUACUGAAACUAGUUGAAUUAAUUUAACUAUUAAUUUAUCUACAUUUACCAGGAGGAGGGGAGCAACAAAAACUCAAACACCAAAAAGUACUUAAAAUAAAAUAAUUGAAAUUUUAAAAUUCAGGUUGGCAGAUGCCCCGUCUUGCUACCCCAUCCGGGCACCCAUAACAUAAUGCGUAGUAUUUACUAUUUAGUAGUUAUUGGUAAUUAGUAUAACUAUUAUUAAAUAAAAUUGUCCAAUAGGUACCUACCUAUACUUGAACUAAAUGAUUUUUUGUAUAGGUAUACCAAUUAGGAAGACCUAUAAUUUAUUUAACUAUUAUAAUUUCUAUAUAAUUAGGUUAGUAUCUAUUUAAACAAUUUAAAUGUAUACAUAUACAUUUCUGUAUAAACUACAGUUUUAUACCAGGAAAUCAAUUUCACUGCAUUUUUUCCGUGCACCAGGUUUUGGGUUAAAUUCGGGUUUUAUGUAUUAAUACAUGUUAUUAUGCUCGUAUUAUGGAGAUUGCAGGGUGGUUUUAGAUGUGUGCUUUGCGUAACUAUUUUUUUUUGUGUGCUCUGUUUAUCAACAUCAGUGAUUUUUUCUGGUAGCAAAUUUUCUUUAGUUAGUGCAUUGAAAUGGUUUAAUUUUUUAAUUUUUCUUAUAGGUUUUUUUUAAUAAUUGGAAAAAAGUACUGGAAAAAUAGAUCAAUUUACGCAAUAAUGAUAAUGAUUUCUGUUAUUUUCAAUUUUGUUUUUUUGCAGUAAUUUGAUUGGAAAUAAUCGUGUAAAGACUUGACAUUUUCAUCCAAUAUUAACGUUGCACUUUUUAGACCUGGUAUAAUUUUCUACAGUUUCCGAUUAAUGUUAAUCAAAACAUGAUUUUUAACAAAACUUCGAUCAGAAUUAUUUAUCAAUGAUUUAUUGUUGCGUAGGUAUGUGUAAAUAUAUAAUAUAUAUUAUCUAAAUCUGAUUAAAUUAUACUAUUUUAUCUCCUAUCAUUUUAGAUUCUGAGCGGAGCGAGGAAUUUAUCGGUUUUACAAUGAUGAUUGUUUUUAUUUUUAUUUUUUUUGUCUGUAAAUAACUUUUCUACCAACAAUUUUGCUUCGAUUUUUAAGUGUACUUAAAGGAGUUUUCCGUUUUCAUAAAACUGAAGAAGGGGAAAAUUUACUUUAUUUAUACGGUAUAUUUUUGUUUUGCUUCAGUUAAAAAUAUUUGUAGAGACUUGAAGUUUGGACAAAAAACUUAUAUUUACCUUUCUAGACGUGGUAAAAUUUUUAAAAUAUUGUAGCUAUGGUUGAGCUAUUUAUAGACAUUUUAAUUUUGUGAGGUUUUUACAUAAUUUUGAUUUGGCAGGUACUUUGUAGAUAAAUGAUUUGUGUUGAAAAGAGGAUUGAAAUUGAAAGUUGCCAUACUUAUUUAGUAAAUUAAUUACAUAAUAAUAAAUAUUAAUUUAUUAAAUAAGUGCUUAAAAUAAUUAUUGGUGAACAUUUGACAAUUUUGUUAAUUGAUAGAUUGAAUUAUCGAUUUUAAUAACAAACAAAAUUUACACAAUUUAUAAUAACAAUAAUUAUUCCUAUAUGUGUUAUAUAUUUAAUUUACCCCGUCUGAUUGUAUUAAGUCCAACUUCCUACACUGAAAUACAGUCCUGCAUUUAAAACUAAAUGUUGCUUACUUAAACAACGGCAUUAAAACUGUUUAUAAAUACUUAUUGUUCAUAUUAUAAUAUUUUAGUAAAACUUUCAUUAACGGUCACCUCUAAAUAGCAGUCAUUAUUUCCUGUCCCCUGUCCUUUCAGUGACCGUUACAUGGAAGUCUUAUUGUACUACCUAGGUAAUUAAUAAAAAAUCUGAAGUAGGUUGGAUGGUACCUUAUAUAUUUAUUAAUAAAUAAUAAUUAUCCAAUAUAGACUUUGUAGUAUUGUGAUACUGUGAUAGUAUCCAAAUUUAUUAUUUUUCACAAUAGUUACUUAAUUGUAUUAUACCAAUACCUAUCAUCUAUAUAACCGGCAUAAUAUUACAAUAGUAAAUUUGAAUAUUUGUUACAUUUGACAGACAGCGUAACCAUCACAAUAUUAUAUAUCCAAUGUCUCAUUUGUCCUUGGCAGUUUUGUGCAAACACUAUAAUAUAAUGUCUAGAUAGGUAAAUUUUAUUAGUUUAUUGAUUUUUAUUAUGGUUAACAUCCUUUUUCGUUAGUAAAGUAAAUAUGUACACUUGAAAACAUUAAGUAUAAACGAGGUAUACACAAGAUAAAGAUCACGCAUAAUAUUAUAAAUAAAACUAGGAAUUAUAGGUAUGUACACAUGCAAUAUAAUAUUAGCAUACAAAUUAUGAUAAUAUUUUUACAUUUUUUUUUUUUUGUUAAAUCACUAUAAACAUAAGUUAAAUAUAUAGUUACUUAUAGUUACUCUAUAGUUUUAAAUUCAAAAUAGUUAGGUAGCCAUUAUAUUAAUAUUAUUUAUCCUAUACCUAUAAAAAUGUUAUUGUUUGUCAUUUACUGUAUUCGAUUAUAUUUAAAUAAAAAAGAUUUAGUAUUUAAUUCAUAAUAAUACAUUGCUGUAUAUUAUGAAUUUAUGAUGCGUAUAAAAUAUAACCCGAAAUUUACGUAUAUUUAUUUGUUUUUUAGAUUAAACAUGGCGAAUCUAACCAAUCCUGUGAAAAAAGUCCCUAUUCAUUUGCAGGUAUGUUAUUAUAAUUACCUAUUAUACAUUUGUAAGAUAAUUAAUUCAAACAAGAUUUUUAAUUUAUUAUAAUAUAAUAGACGGUAGGUACAUGUUUAUAACGUUGUAAUUAAAUCAACUGACAUGUAUUUUAUUUUUGUUGUAAUUUACUUUCUGAACCGUGAUGUUAUGUAUAAUAAAUUAAAACUAUUUUAUAACAGUAUGUAUUAAGUAGCGUGUGAAAUAAUACAAUUUCGUAAUUUUUGUGGGUUGGUCGAGUUAGCUAUGGUACCAUUGUCAGGGAUCAAUGUUUAAAAUACUUAAAUUAUUAUAGUAUGUACCAAAUUAAUUAAAAUCAUUAGUUUUAUCAUAAUUCUGGAACGGAACAAUAUUGACCAAUAUUGAAAUACAACUCACGUUAUUAAUAGCUAUUUAGACAAAAAUACCGUGGAGGUUAUUAUACUUAAAUAAUUUUGAACUUUUAGUGGAAAAAUUUAAUUUUUUUGUAGUUUGUCUUAAUAACAAGAGUACAAAAAAAAAAAUAGUUGUUAUGACUAAAUAUUCCUCUAUUUUUAUUCAUCAAACAUUUUAAUGAAGAAAAUCAGAUUGUGAAGCAAAUCUUUUUUUAUUAUAAUAUUAAAACAGAUAAAUAUUAAUAAAAUAUUCUUUAAGAAAAUUUUUCAGAAAAAGUAAUUUAUGAGAUAUAUAAAAUAUUUUAUUUUGACGUGCCAAUCUAUUUCAAACCAUUCAUCAGGGAUUUGCAAAUUAUAUUAUUUAUUAUUGUACUAAGUUAUGAAUCAGAAUAUAAUACCUAUCUAAAAUAUAGAAUAAUUUGAUGCUAACAAUAAAAAAAUAACUUAGGCAAAAUACAUUAUUGUACUGAAUAAUCAAAAUUGCUUAUAGUAAAAUUGCCUCGUUAUUGAAUAUUCUUUAAAAAAUCUAUAAUUAUCUAAGUAUAUCUACGAUCUACUUACUUAUCUUUUACCAAAUCUCAUUUUCCAUCAUAAAAAUAUUAAUAUAGUACCGAUUUUUAUUGUUAUGAAUGUGAGUUUGAAUUAUGUUUGACUGUAUGGAAUAAGUUAACAUUUUUAGGAAUUAGGGUUUUUUUAGAUGCUAAGCAGAGCGAAGAAUAUGUUGGUUUUACUUUUCUAUUACAAAAUCUGUUCCUAUUUUCAAGUGUACCACCUUUUCUGAAAGUAAAUUUGAUUGAGAUGAUACUUUAGGUAGGUAAUUUCUUGAUUUUAAUAAGGGGUUUUUAUAUAAUAAACGGGAAAAAAUUUAGGAAAAACAGGAAAAAUUAUGAAAUUUAUUAUUUUUAAAUCGUAAAUAUUACGGCUUUUCAAAAUAUGUAUUACCAAACUCCACUCAUAUUCGUUUUUUGUUUGCAAUGAUUAAUAAUUCCGUACAGAUAUGUAUUAAAUUUCCUCUUUAUACCUUCUCAAUUUCUCACCUGCAACAGUGGUCCACCCAUCGUGCAAUUGUGCAAAAUAUGUCUGUUUGUUUUUUCUAUAUUGUUUAAACAAAAAAACCAUUUUGACACUUAUAGUUAUGAUUGAAUGUGAAUAAGCUCAGGUUGUAUAAUAUACCUAACUGGUAUUAUAAUAAGAUAAAUGGAGAAUAGUAAAACCAACAUCUAAAAGUACAGAAUAUAACCUUCGGAAUUUACAAUACAAGUAAAAUCAUUAAUCAUUAAGACUAGAAUAUUUUUAUUUAUUAAUAGAAAAAUAUAGUUAGUGGUACCUUUUUUUUCUGUUUCUUUUCUGAACGUUGAUUUUUGUUAUUUUGCGACACAAUAAAAGUAAAUAAUAUAUUAACAUGAAAAAUAGUAAAUAUACUGUAAAAGAAAAGGUAUUGGAAUAGUUGAAGGUCUCUAAACCUCUUUACUAAUUCUGUUCUAUGGUGUUUCUUCAAUUCUUAUAUGACAUUAUACUUUAGGACUAAAAUGUGUUAUUUGAUUAUAUUUUCGAAUGAUGAUUUGUUUAUUUUAUGCAUAUAUUAUAUUUUUGUUCAUACUAUAAUUUGAAAUAAAAUUACGAUAUUUGUAUUAAGUAAUUUAAGUAUCUAUUGUAAACAAAUUGAUGGUAGGGGUACUUAUGGAAGUCCAUUGGGAGGUAAAGGUGGAACAUGGCCCAUUGUCUUUUUCGUACUUACGUAUGACAUCUUUUAAAAGUUUAACAAAAAAGGUCCAUAAAAUAGGACAGUAUCAUUGAAAAAUACAAUUAAAAAUAAUACAUUGUCUCUCCUGGUGUUUUGAAGAUAGACGCCAUUUACUAGUGCUUCCUCUGUAGUAGUAAUAUGUAACGUAUUUCUAUAUUAUAACCUAUUUAUUAUAAUUCACUAUUUACUCAGUUGUGAAAAAUUAUUACUCUUAUUCAGGAUUUAACAGCGUUAUAUAGCGUAAUUUAGACAAUUGAAAUUUAAAAAAGACGUCUCAGGAUAAUGGGGUAGGGCGUAGCCACUGGUAUAGAUAAUUUAAUGUUUAUCUGUAAAAAACAAUGAACCUUUGUAAUUAUAAACAAACCAUUGCUAACAAAAAACGAUUUUGAGCGCAGUUUAGUUGAUAGUGAUGCUUUGUCAACAAUAUAAAUAUCAUAUUAUGGUAAAACAAUUAAAAAGUCAUAGUAUAUUUUUUUUAAUAAUAUUUGUUUAGUAUUAUACCGAUUUUUCCUGAAAUUUCCCCAGUUUUUCCAUAUUUCUCCAGGUUUUUCACAUUUUCUGGGAAUACUUUUGGGAAAAUCGAAAAAUAACUUCAUUAAAGUACCUCUCCAGUUAGAUUUACUUUUAGAAAAAGUGCUGUCAUUGUAAAUCGGAGCAAAAUUUCUGGUUGAAAAAUUGCCUAUAGAAAAAAGAAAUCGUUAUAUUUUACUAAUGUAUUUUACUCACGAUUUUUUCCAUUUAUUGGAAAAAUCAAAAAAUGACCUCCUAUAGUUAACAUGGAGAUAAAAUUUCCUUACAGAAAAUUAGUUACACUUGAUACAUCGGAGCAAGAUAUUUGGUAGAAAAGUUUGUACAACAAAUCGUGGGUUAUUUUUCGAUUAAAAUAGCCCGAGCGAGUGAUGGCUUGAGUCUCAUCUAGCUAGGUUCACCCAAAAUGUAUAUGUUUUUUCCUUGUUUAGUUAAAAGGAAAAAAAGCAAACAUUUCUUUUUUUCGAAACAUGAGUUCAAAUUCAAUUCCUAGGAUGAAACAGUUAUGUAUAACCAUUCAGGUACUACAAACCUAAUUUAGAGAAGACAAUAUUUAGUUACUUAACUUAACAUAUAAUAACUUCAUAAUCUAAAAACUUCAAAAAGCUAUAAUUUCGAAACUUAGUCAGUGCGCUCAAUUCUGACUUUAACAUGUUCAGAAAAAAAAAAUAUAAAAAUUAAAUUUGUUCUACAUAAUUUUUACUCAACAGUGGUUUUCGUCAAAAUAAUAUAUUUGUCUUAGUAAAAUAAUUUAACUGUAAAUAUUUUAAACCAAUAUUAAAUGUAGUUCAGCAAUUAGGUGCUGAGAACGUAUUGUCCAUCGAAAAAGUUAAAAAUAACAAUUUUGUAAGCUGAUUUAGUAUUUAUUAAUUCAAAUUAUAGAAUAUUGAAAGUCAUAACGAGCUUAGAAAUAAAAGUCUUCCGUUAGCUGAUUCGUUUAAAAUUGUUGAAAAUAUCAAAAAUAAUUAUAAUUCUUAAGCAGUCACACAAGACUGAGAUCAAGAUAGACAAGAUAGACUGAGACAAGAUCAACACAUAAGCAGGUGUUAUUGAUCCCCAUUAAAAAUCAAACUUACAUGUUACAAAGAAUUUAAUAAUAUUGUAUUAUAGCUUUGAAUUUAUUUUAUGAUAUUUUAGGUUCUGACUUUCUGAGUGUAGCGAUGAAUCUAUUGGUUUCAUAAAGAUAUUUUUUUUUUUUUAUAUAUACUGUGUAAAAAAAGUCUACCUGCAAUUUUGCUCCGAUUUACAAUGAUAAUACUUAUUCUGAAAGGAAACCUUAUUGGAGUGGUACUUUAAAGAGGUUAUUAUUUGAUUUUCCCAGGAGUUUUCACGGUAAAUGGAAAAAACGGGAAAAUUUACGAAAUAUUUUAUUUUAAAAUCGUAAAUAUUAAAGCUUUUAAAACCAUGUAUAACCGAACUCUGCUAAGAAUCGUUUUUCAUUAACAAUGAUUAAUCGUUGCACACAGAUAUGCAUUAAAUUUCCCCUCUACCUCGAUGUUUGUAUGCGUCUACUGAAGCUACCACAACAAACAUUUGAGAGGGAAAGCUCUUGAAAGUAUAGUGUCAAAAGUAGCAAUGCUUAGAUUAACCACAUACAAAAAAGAAAGUUAAAAUAAACUUUCAAUCUAAGAACUAAAUUCCAUGUUUAAUAAUGAAAAUAAUAAUAUGAAAAUAAUUAAAUAAUUAGUAGUUAAUUUUGAUGAAAACAGUUUAUAAAAAAAUACAAUCUAAAUUUAAAAAAAAGAUUUUGAAAAAAAAUUGAAAGCCAUUCCAAAUGCGAUUUUUCGGAUCUAUUAUUUCUCCCAGGUAUAAAAACUAUUAUUAUUAUAAUCCUGAUAAACAUUGAAUAAACAUGUUUAAUGUUUAUAAUAUUGUAUUACAAAAAGAAAACAUAUUAAAAGCUAUAUCUUAAAACAAUAAUAAAUUAUGAGUUUAAUGUCUAUUGUCUAUUUAAAAUAAUACUGUACACAUUUUAAUGAAAUGAAACACGAAAAUAAUAAAUCGAUAAUUCGAAUUAUAAUUUACUUUUUUUUCGGGAAGAUCUCAUUAUGCAAUUUAAGUAUUUUAAAAUUGUGUAUAAUCAAAUGGAUAUUUACAUAAUUAAAUAAAAAUAUUUAAAUUCGAAAAAGUUUAAUGUGUAAUUGAAUAAUAUUUAAAUUUAGUUAGAUUAAUUUAAUAUUUAUAUUGUAGUAUGUUUUUAUUUUUAGAGCUCUCAGAACCGCAUUUUAAUAAAGAAUGGCAAAGUGGUUAACGCAGACAGAAUUAUCGACAGUGACGUCUAUAUUGAAGACGGUGUAAUUAAGUAUGUAUUUUUUUUAUUUAUUUAUUGACCAUUAGUUAUAUUUAGGGCCCGGAAUUAUAUGCUCUAAAAACGUACGAAGUAUGCAUGCAUUUAAGCACUGAUUUAUCAUUCAAAUAUGCUAACAAAAAUGUAUGUUAAAUAAAAUAAAAUUAGUUUUGUUUAAAUAAUUAAUAAAAAAUAUAAAAAUAUUUUAAAUAGUUAAAUAAUUUAAUUGCAUUUUGAAAAUUCACUCAUCUAAAUAAAAAGCAUUAUAUAAUUUCUUUAAUAAUAUUUGUUUAAUAUUCUAUUUAUUUUCCCAUUUUUUUUCCGGUUUUUACCAUUUUUGGGAAAAUCAAAUGACCUCUCAACAGUACCAUUCCAGUCAGAUUCCUUUAAGAUAAUUGCUAUCAUUGUAAAUCGGAACAAAAUUGCUGGUAGAAUUGUUGUACACUGUAAAAAAUAAAUAAUAAUAAUAAUCAUCUUUGUUAAACAAGUACAUUUUUUGCUACUCUCAGAAUCUAAAAUAUAUUAAAAAUAAGUACAAAAUUAUAUUAUAUUAUUAUUAAAUUUUUUGUAGUACAUAAGUUUUAUAUUUCAUGGGAAUCAAUAAGACCACCACAUGGCUACUUAAGCGCUAUAAUUAUUUUUAAUAUCUUCAACAAUUUUAAUGGAAUCAGUUAACGAAAGACCUUUUUUUUCUAAGCUCGUUAUGGCUUCCAUAAUUAUUUUUUUACUUUUUCGAUGGAUAUUGCGUUCUCAGCACCUAAUUACUGAACUAUAUUUAUUUUAACUUAUUUAUAUUAACUAAAAUUUGUUUAAAAUAUUUACAGUUAUACAUUUUUACCUCCAUGUGCUCCAGCUUGUGAUAAUUUGCGGUGGAGGUAUAAGGACAUCCUCAUUUUUUAGAUUAAUAGGGCAGAUGUGUAUAUCAGUUUUCAGAUACUGUGUGACAGUAAAGCGCUUUACAUUAAUAACUUUAAUCUCACAUACUUUACAAAAAGUAAUUCCCCCGUCAAAUGCAACAAUAUUUUCUCCAAAUUCUGCAACAUAUUUUCGAAUAGACGAUUGAACUUUUGAAAUUUUAAUAAGAAACACACACUAUCACUAAGCACGGUUGUAUAAAAACUAAACUGUUGGUCCAUAUAAAUUACAUUAGUUUUUCGUUAUCGAGAUUUAUCGUUGUGGUACCCACCUAAAACAAACUUAAUCUUAUUUUAGUGAGUUAUAUCGACAAACAACGGUUUUUCAACAUUUUGUAAUUUUGCUAAUUAUAUACUUUACUUGCGAAACCAUAGGGUGGUUUCCAAUUUUCUUGCAUUUUCAUGGGCCAAUCUUAUGUGAUGGGUACUUGUUGGGGAAUAUGACCGGGGAUCAUAGCUAGUAGUACGAUAUCUUAUCUAGGUCAAUGCCAUAAUUUCAGCCUAGGUUCUAGACCGAUAUAAAAAAUUUGUUUUUUACUGGAUGAUGGGUUCUUAAUAAUAUUAUGUAUUUAUACAAAUUAGUCCAUUGUUUUAAUUUUGAUAUUUUUGACCAACAAUUAGAAUGCAAUUUAUACAAAUUAUAUUUUUCUAUGUUAUUUAGGUACCUACACAUUUUAAUUUUUAUAGUCGAAAUAUUAAUGAACUGAUGUAAAGUUACUGUAUAAAGUGAUCAACAUGAUAACGUAAAACACUUAUUAUUUUAGAAAUUUUUGACUUUUUUCGGAAUUUGUUUUUUAGAAAAUGUAAGAAACAACAACUCUGAAAUGUAACUUAAUCGUAAUUUAGAGGGAUGAAACCACCAUACAUUUUUGAUUUUCAAAUAAGAAUUUUACAAAUUCCAUAAAUAGAUGAAGUUUUAGUUUAAAUAUAUUUUGAAUUGUUAUGUUGAUCAUUCUGUAUUAAAUUAUCCCAUUUAUCUAAACUAUUAAAAUGGAAUAACUUAACAAAGGGUUGACGGAAAUCAAAAACACCAAAAUUUAUUUAAACAAAGAUUUCAUCUGUUCAUACAAUUUUAAAUAUAAUAUAGAUUGCUAUUUUUAAAGUCAAAAGUGGGUAGUGGUUUUACUCCCAAAAAUAAAGGUGGCAAAAAAUAAAAGUAACGCAACAUUUUAGAACUGCUUGUUUCCUGAAUUUUCUAAAACGAAAUUUCGUAUAUAGUUAAUAAUCUUCAAGUUAAUGAGUUUCUUAUGUGUUGAUCUUUCUAUAUAGAGGAGGUCCUCUUCAGAAGAAUGAGCACUGGAUCAGUCAUCGGAAUAAUCAAAUUGAUCUUUUCGGAAAUUGUAUUGAGUUUAUUUACUUACUUUGCACAAUAUUUGUUUCUAAACUCAUGACUCUAGAGUUCGUGUAAUUUUUUUUAUAGUUUGACCUAUCGUCUUUUAUCAUCAAAUUAAAAUUAACAAUUUAACCAAAUUUCUGGUUAGAAUCUUAGAAGAAGAGAAUUCUAUGAAGUUCGCCUUAUUUUUCUGAUUUGUACAUACAUGUUGAUAUCAUACGUUUAGUCUAUAAUAUAGUCUGAAAGUCAAUGUUUCUAAUUGCAAACUAAUGUAAAAUUAGAUAUAUUGGUUAAAGGCUACUCAAAAUCCAAAAUAAUUUAUAAAAUUUACCUAAGUAUUGUCUGUAUAAUAUAUUUCAUGACAAUUAUUAUAUUUAAUAUGUUACUCUUUAGUAAUAAUAAAUAUUUUUAUUUUUGUUUGCAAUAGAAUGGUUGGUUGUAAUCUUAUUAUACCAGGAGGUACGAGAAUUAUUGACGCAUCAUCAAUGUUGGUUAUACCAGGUACUGUAUACAAUAUUAUAUUAUUUUUAUACAUAGUUAAUAAAUAAUUUAAUAUAAUAUAUUAAUAUAUUAAAUUAUUACAUGUAAUCAAUAUAUACAAGUUAAUAAUAAGGGCUUUGAUUGAACAUUCUUACUUUUAAGAAUAGUUAAUAUUAUUUAUUGGAUGGAAUGUUGUACAUUAUACUUACACAUAUUUAUUUAUAUUUAUAAAAGUAAAUAUACAAAUUGAAUGUUUACAUGCAGAAUAUGUCUGACUAUCUGCAGACAAUGUAUGUAAAAUACAUUAUAUAGUACUAGAAAAAUGAUUUUAUUAUUGCAGGCACUAUUAUAUGAUAGUGAAUAAUUAUAUAUUAAGUAUCUAGGUAUCUAACCAAAAUACUAAUUAUUGAAGUACUGGAAACAGUAAAAAGUAAUCUAAGAAACCAGCUAAAAUAAUAUUACUUAGGCAGAUAGAUCAUUGGGCAUGGUAGAUAUUGGUAAGAUAAUUUGAAAAUAUGUUUUCAUUUUAAAUUUUAUUUCAACUUCAAAUUAUUUAAGUUAAUGAUUAUAUCUAAUAUUUUCUAUGCAGUACAGAUAAAAUAUAAUAAUUAACGAUUUAUUAAGAAGCAACUUGGUGAUUAAACAGUUUCAUAUUUUUUAAUUUUUAUGAAAAUGAUAAAAUUUUAAAAAUCAUUUAUGAAUUACCUAUAAUUUCUAUAAUUAUUAUAUGUGCAAACAUCUACCUGAUAUACAUUUCAAAUACCUACAUACUUAUUUACUUAGGUAUAGAUAAAUGUUGCACUAUUUUUAAAAUUAUGAAAUAAACAACUAUUAACAUUUAACAAUUAUUAUAGACAUAUUGUUUUAUACUUCACCUUACUCUUAAUAGAUUUAAGCAGCUUUUAUUUUCAUUGCCUAUGCCUUCUAUAUUAUGGUGUUUUAACUCAUGGUGUUUUAACAAUUAACAUACAAAUUAUUAACUGUACCUAUACAAAACUUAUACAAAUAAUCUUAUACCAUUAUAAUAUAUAUGUUAAAUAACCAUAUGUUUAUAUUUGUAUAAUAUAGAGUUACAAAAUACAGUAUAAAGCUUUAUUAAUCUAAUACAUAUUUAAUUUGAGAAUAAAAAGAUCAUAAGUGGCUGGUAGGUUGGUAAUUCAAAUGUGACCUAUCUUAUCUUGAUUUUUUUUAUGUGAAAAAAUUGCACAUUGUGUAAAUUAAUCAUUAUUUAAAAAAUAUAAGUAUAGGCAAUUUAGUUUUAAACAAGUCAUAUAAUUACUAAACAAUAACAAUUUCGAUUUUGGUUAAGUAGGUACUAUAGGCAUAGAUAAUAAGGCUCAUUAUCAAGGAGAUUUUUUUAUUAAUAUAAAAACAGCUCCCCAACUAUAUUAUUAUAUAUUAAAUUCAUUGAGUUUUAACAAAAUGUGUAGUAAGAUAAUUAUAUUUCAUAUUUGAUAUUAUUUAACAUGAAUAUUGAAGAUAUUAUAUUGGUACCUAACCUUUCCUUUUGAAAUACCAUAACAGCAGUGGCAUAUUUAAGUAAUUUACUAUCUAUACAUUUUUUUUUUCUAAUUAUUUUUUUAGAUAAUUUAGGUAAUGUUAGGAACAUUCACUAACUGCCUAAUAUUAUUUUUAAAAUAAAUGUCAUUGUAGUAGUUAUAAAAGGUAUAUAUAUAUACAUAUAACAUUAUUGUUUGAAAUAAUAAAAAUAAUUUUAUGAUUUGGUCGUUAGACAAUUUAUUAUAGGUACACAAAUUAAUUUUUAUAGAAACUAGUAAACAUUUGAAAUGAAUAUCCAUACCUAUACAUUUUCUUGUGUUAAAGGAAACCUAUACAAACCAUUUUCCAUGAAGGGGGUUAAAUUAAUAUCUAAUAGCAUAUAAACUAAUAAUAAUUAUUAAUACCUACCUAUUUUUAUUUUAUUAUAAUGAUCAUCUAUUGGGGCAGUUUGAAUUUUAAAUUAUUUACAAAAAUAUAUAAAUUAAAAUAUAAUUUUUUUAACCUAAUAAGCAGGUACAUGUUAUACAAUAUGGCAUUAUGUUUUAUAACACAAUUUCCAAAUCCAAUAUUAUACAUUUUAAUAUUACAUAUUUUAUGAAAUGCAUAUUAUAUUUUAUUUAACUAUGUAAUUUUAUGACGCCAUCAUGGAGGAUAUUUUAUAAAGUUAUCCUAAAAAUUGUAUUUAAAUAUAAAGUUAAAACACUACUUCCUCCUUACGUUUAUAAAAUUUGAUGUUUCAAAGAAGAAAUAUAUUUUUCAUAUUGAUUUGUAUCUUAUUCGUAUUCACGUUCAUCCCAAUUAUUUGGGAUCAGCCACCCUCGUCCUAAACUUCCAUCUGACUCAAUACCCUAUAUCGUCCUCGCAUACACACAUCAUUCUCAUAUCAUUUUUAACCGCAUCCAAAAUCCCCAUCCAACCACCUCCAUUUUGGUCUUCUUCUCCCCCUCUUUCCUUUUACGUCUAUUUUUAUUACAAUUCUUACUGAUACUAAUUCGUCUCUUCUCAUGACAUGCCCAAACCAUCUCUGUUUAUUAUCUUUUAUUUUGUCCACUAGAUUGAACAUCUAAACUACCUAUUAUGUAUUCAUUCCUUAUCCUAUUUUCUCUUAUUCUCACUCGCUUGUCAUCGACCUAAGCAUUCUAAUCUCUGUUACAAUCAUUCUCUAUUCUAUUUUUCUGCCUACCGUCCAACACUCCGACACUCCGACGCAUACAGUAUAGCCGGUUUCGCCGCACUUCUGUAGAACUUACCUUUAAGUCUCAUUGAAAUCCUCUUGUCACAUAAAACACUUGACGCUUUUCUCCACUUAAUUCAACCAAAUUUAAUCCUAUGUUUCACAUCCUCAACAAAGUCACUUAGCCAUCGUUCUUUCACAAAAAAGAUUCUAGGUACUUUAUUAUAUUAAUUUUUAUAUUUAUGUGUAUGAUGACUAGUUUUUAUUAAACAAAAUCAAUCUCGAAAUAAAAAUAAAACUUGCUUGGUGCUAUUUGUAUAACAUGUACCUAUAUACAGGGUGAUUCAUCAAUCAUGCUCAUACCAUUUUUUUAUGGCAAAUUUAUGCAAAUUCUGAUUUUAAGAAUUUUUAAGUGUAGUUAAAAAUGAUAUUUUGAUUUCCGACAGCUUUUUCACGAAAUAUUCCAGUUUUAAGUUUAGGCAGGAAGAAGGUAAUGAAGAACUAUUCAAACACUAGGCGCUGUAUCACAACACAAAUUUAUUAUAAUUCACUAUUCUCCCCCUGCCUAAACUCAAAAGUGGAAUAUUUCGUGAACAAUUUGACGGAAAUCAAAAACUUCAAUACCAAUAUUUAUUUUAUCUAAUAUUCUAUAUAUGUAUAGCAUUUUUAAUAUAGGUUCAUAUUGGAAAAAUUAAACUUAGUAUCGUCACACAAUAUUCCUUAAAUACUAUGAAAAAUCUAAGUACACGAAAAUAUUAUCUUUAACUAUACUUGAAAAUUCCCAAAAUCAGAAUUUGUAUACAUACAUAAUUCGAUCCUGAAAAUGGGGGAGAGUGCUUAAUGAAUCACUGUGUAUUAUGUAUACAUAGGUUUAUAAUAGUUUAUUAUAUUGCCUUUAUACACUUUUAAUUUUAUUAAAUUGAUUAAUUAUACUUGCUGUAUUAAUGUAAUUUUUUAAUAUCUAAAAAAAAUUAAAUUAUUUAAUAAUAUUGAAUACCUAUAGGUAUAUUAUAGAAUAUUAUUUUCCAACAAAUUAUACAAAUAACAGAUGGGAUAACAUGCUUCGCACGUUUAAAAAAGAUUUAUCAUAAAUAAAUAAUUCUGCUUUUAGUUUCAAACUAAAAUGUUUAAUAAUACCAAUGACAAAUAAAAUUAUCUUAUUACAGCAAUGUUUAUAAUGUGUAAAUUAUUUUGACGUCAGCAUCAUCUAAUGGACCGUUCACAUCUUCUCGUCUGGUAAAGUACGAUUCGAGCCAUGCGUUAUUUGUUUGAAAUGAUAUCCGGACAAAUCGAGGUAUAAAAAAAGUUCCGAAAUUAACAUGAAUUCAUUAAUAAACAUCAAACAUAUUAAAUAAGACUACACAUUAAUACAUUAAUAAUGUAUCUUGUCAAGCCAUAAUUUCAAUUUAUUUUAAGAGUUUAUAAAAAAUUUAAACGAUCCAUAUUUGAUCUAUUGAUAUUAAAUAUUUUAUAUUUGUAUUUUGAAUUAUUCGUAUGGCAUAGAUAAUGAUGGUGAGUAAUUGAAGUAGUAAUUAUCAGGUAAAAAUGAUUAAAUAAUAUAUAAAGAAAUAAAAUAAUAAUAUAAACAGGUGAUAAUAGAUUAUACAUUUAUCAAAAACAGCAGUAGCAUAAGUAAUUAUGGAUAAUAUCUAAGUUGAUCAUCCAAUCAUAAUGGUUUUGGAGGUCGCAUUGAAGAUAUCCUCGAACUUUCCGUUGUACUUACCCUUAGAAAAUUCUCGUAUGAUAUGAUCUAUAUUUUCUUUGGGUCAUCGCAAUCACAAUUUGGGUUAAGAGCAAUGGCCCAUUUAUGUAUAAGAUAUCUCAUUCUCCCUUGCUCUGUAAGUAAUCGGUUUAAGGUAGGUAGGUAGUUCAAGCCAAAGCAUUAGUGGAAGUUUUCAGAGAUGAGAAGUCGGAGCAUCAUUUUGUACCUGUGAGUUUUUGAGUUAUGUUGAUACAGGAGCCCAUCUAAAACGUAACGUUAAUUAAGUGAGUUUUAAAUGAUUGGGACCUGUCUAAUGUGACUCCUAGAUAUUUUGGGUUAGAUAAAUGAUUUAUCCUAAGUUCCAGAAAAGUGAUUUCCAAGUUGUAGUCAGCCAGUUUGUUAUUAUGAUGAAAAGCUGUGACUGGGAUUUGGGUUUAGUGGAAUUUGAGGUGAAUCUCCUUUGUUUUAAAUACUUAUGUCUAAAAUGUUUAGGUCAGAACUAAUGUUUUCGUAGUUAUUAAAAAGUUUAUCCUGGUUUGCGAUACAGAUAUUCAUAUAUAUGAAAUGUUUGAAGUUUAUUUUAGGUUGAUCACUAAUUUAGAUAGAUUAAACAAUACGGAACCAAGACAGAACCUUGAGAGAGUCCAUUUACCAUUACUUAAGUGUUCUCUUCUUGCUUGUCUUGUCAUUGUUGAAAUGGAUGACAAAAUGAUGGUUACUUAUGGUACUGAUGGUAACAUAUUCAAAAGGUUUGUUAAAGCCCAACUAGAAAUUUUCCACAGAAACUUGAAAAACAGGUCUUUAUUCACAAUGUAUUGUGUGCAAUAUUUUCUAUAAAAAGGGGCACGGGUAUUAAAAAUAAAGAUGUUUGAUGAAUCUUUUAAUAUUGACGCCUAGGCGUCAGGCAUCUAGAGAUUUAGUAAAUUAUAUAAAAAAUGUAUUAAAUAUAUAUUAUAUAUUUUCAAAAUUAAAGUAUAUCUUAACAUAAUUGAUAAAAAUAAUGUAAUAUAUAAUAUUUAAACAUUCAAAUAGUUACUAUAUAGGUUUCAUUGAAAUGCUUCUUAAAAUACUUAAAUUUAAAAACUUAAGCAAAUUAAUUAGUUUAGAAUUUUUUAGAAGAAAAUUUUGAGGGAUUCCUUAUUUUAUAGUCUUGCAUCUAAAUUUAAUUAUAACUAAAUUUAUAAUAUGCAAAUUGUUAUAAAUCAGUAAAAGUAGUAAACAUAUUUUCAAAUUAAUGAAUAGAUGGUUAGAAUAUUUAAACGAUUUGUUUUGUAGUAGAAUGUUAUAAUAAAUUAUAUUAUGUUAUAAUAACUAAUAGAUAAAUUUUAAAUUCUAUGGAACGAAGAAUGCAUUCGUUUACAACAUGAUGUGUGUUUUUUCUGUUUUAAAACAAUUUCGACCAGAUGGUGUAUUAGUAAGAUCAUAUUUAGAUUUUCCAAAAGGUUUUCAAAAUAAUUAUGAAAAACCGAAAACAAAACGACAAUUAUUUAGUGCCGCCGUGUCGUUAAUGAUUUCAUUAUUUUUAAAUUUUGCAACCUAUGUUUUCUACAAUAAAUAUUGCACUAAUAGAAAAAAAACAAGUGGCUAUCUUUGUUGCAUUUUUAAUCUAUUUGGUGAGUUAAAAAGUCGUUUUUUGAUUUUCGGUGUGUUUUUUUAAUAAUUGAGCAAAAUCGUAAAAUCUAAAAAUAAGAAAACAUUAACGAAAAUAACACGUUUUUUUUUUAUUUUCAAUUUUGUUUGUUUUGUUAAAAUUCAGUUAAAAAUAUUCUAAAUAAUAUAGAUAGACAAUAUUUAUAGACCUCGUAAAAUUUUCAAAAUAUUUGAGCCAUUUUUGAACUAUUUAUACAUUUAUAUUUUGAGAGUUUUUACGUAAUUUUUAUUUAGUAGAUGUUCUGUGAAGACAAUUGUAAGACUAAACAGAAAUGCUUCAGAAGGUUCAUUAUAAGUUGUGUAUAGUGGUAAAAAAUAGACUGACAUAUUUCGCACAAUGGGUAGGCCACUGUUAUAGGUAAAAAGUUGGGAAGGUAGGAUAAAUAGAGGAAUUUAAUACAUAUAUGUAUGCAAAGAUUAAUCUUUCCUAACGAAAAACGAUUCUGAGCGGAGUUUGGUAACACAUGUUUUAAAAGGCCAUAAUAUAGGUAUACUAUUUUCAUAAAAAUUUGAUAUUAAAAUUCUAACAAAAAAAAUACGUAUUUUAAACUCGAUUUUUUUUUUUUUUUUUACCACAAAAUACGACUUAUAGGUAAUGAACCUCCUAUUGAAUUUUCAAGCAUUUCUAUUUAAUCUUACAAUAUUAUCCACUGAGUACCUAUAUAUAAGCUUUAGUUUUAGAAAACUCGCAAAAUUAAAAUGAUUAUAAUAAAUAGCUCAAAAAUGGUUCAAAGAUUUUAGACAUUUUACUAAGUCUUGAAAAAGCAAAAUAUAAGUUUCUUGCUUUCCAAAUUUUAAGUCUACGAAUAUUUUUAACUGAAAUGCAACAAAACAAAAUUUUAAAUAAUAUAAACAUUAUUUUCGUAAAUUUUCCAGGCUUUCCCGAUUAUUAUGAAAACCGCUUGGAAAAUCAAUGACUUCCUUAAGUACCAACUACAUAAAAUAUCCUUGAAUAAAAAGUACUACACUUGAAAAUCAGAGCAAGAUUUGUGGUAGACAUUUUCUAUAGAGUAUAAAAAAAUCAAAAAAAAAAAAAUCAUUGUAAAACCAAAACAUUCAUUGCUUCAAUCAGAAUCUAAAAUUGAGUGUAAUUUGUAGUAUUUUAUUUUUAUUAGUUUUAAUAUCAAAUUUUGGCGAUAAUCGUAAAUAUUAAGGCCUUUCAAAACAUUUGUUUAAACGAAAUUCGCUCCAGGCACGGAUCCACGGGGGGUUGGGCGAUUGGUGUGAUUGCCCCAUCCACAUGUAUUUUUUAAAAUUAUUACUGUUAUUAUUACUGUUACUAACGAAAAAUAUUUUUAAAUUAAAAUGCUUUAAAUUUUUAUCUGAUUCUUAUUAUUCUGAUUAUCUGAUUGUGUAUCGCCAGAAAUCGUUCAAUGGCGUAUAAUAAAUUAUGAAUAGUCACAGAAUGAAUAGAUUGGAAAUAGCACACAUUAUCUUAUCUGUAUUUCAUAAAACCAAUGAGUUUAUAUUUACGUAUACAUGUCAUAAUAAUAUAUUACAUGACUCAUUCAUUCAUAUAGUCGUUUACUUGUAUACCAUUCAUUUUAUGAAUUCAUAGAAAUAAUAUAAAUAAUUAGUUUCCAAUACAGGUUAAAUAGAAAAAAAAGGUAAUUUAAUUUUUUUAAUCCCCCCCUCCUCGCCUUGGGUGACUUCUGGAUCCACUACCGGAAUUAUCGUUGAUUAAUAUAUAAAUUAAAUAACCUUACUAUGUACCCUAACUUCUCAAUUUCUCAUGAACAACAGUGACAUACCCGUCCCCAAUAUCAGUUCUUUUUUUUUUUGUUUGGAAUGAUUUAUUGUUGAUUUCAAUAUUUAAAGUAAAUUAUUCUACGUACUAAUUUGACUAACUUACCAGUUCCCUUUAAUAUUUUAAGUUAUUAAAAAUAUUUUGGUUAUUAUUAAAGUAGUAGGUAUUUAAAAAUCAAUUGGAUGUUAGUAUCUAAUAAUCCCAUAUCUACUAUGUUAUUUAUAGGUGGUAUAGAUCCUCAUACUCACUUGGAAUUAGAACUUAUGGGAGCUGUGUCUGUAGACGACUUUUAUCAAGGAACUAAAGCAGCCAUUGCUGGUGGAACUACGAUGAUAAGUAUGAUAUUUAAAAAUUGGUAUGAAAUUGUGUUGAUUAUUUAAUUAAUAUAUUAUUUAAUAUAGUUGAUUCUGCAUUGCCGAGUAAGGGCGAAUCUUUAUUGGAUGCGUUUCAUAAAUGGAGGACCCGUGCAACAAAUAAAGUUUGUUGUGAUUAUGCCUUGCAUGUGGGUGUUGUUUCAUGGUCAGAUCAGGUAAGUUUUGUUACUUUUGCUAAAAUUACAGUGUUUUUUUUAAAUUAUAUAAAUCUAUUAAUACAUAGAUUCGCAGUGAAAUUUAAAUUAGAUUAUUUCAAACAUAAUACCUAUAAAUAAUAUGUAUAGAUAUACAUAUAUAUUAUGUAUUUACUGCAAUAAUUUAUUAUAAAUCAUUAUAUAAUCUAUAAUAAUUAUAUAUUAUAUAUCUAUGUUUAUUAUUAGUAUACUAGCUUAUUUAUUAUGGGUCAGUAACAUCUUAUUAUAAAUAUAUAUUGUUUACUUAACUAUAAAUGUUUAAUAGAUGCAAAAUAGUAACUUUUAUUAUUUCUAAUUUCAUUUAGGUAAAGAGAGAAAUGGAAGAUCUUUGUAAGUCACACGGUGUGAACUCAUUUAAGAUGUUUAUGGCAUAUAAAGGAAUUUUCAUGUUGAAUGAUUCUGACCUGUACAACAGUUUCGAAGCAUGUAAAGAGCUUGGUGCUAUUCCAGUGGUACAUGCUGAAAAUGGAGACAUAGUAUAUGAAGUAAUAAUAAAUAUCAUAAAAUUAUAAAAUAUUAUGUUGCUAAUUUAUUAUUAUAUAAUUUUUUUAUAGAAUACAAAACGAUUGUUAAACUCUGGUGUUAAAGGACCUCAAGGACAUGCUCUAUCUCGUCCUGAAGAAGUUGAAGCUGAAGCAGUUAAUAGAGCUUGUACAUUAUCAAAUCAGGUAUUAUAUUAUUAUAAUUAAACAAAAUACAUACCUUCUUCUAUAUAUAUUUAUUCUUGUUUACAUGAUAGAUGUAUGUCUGGCAUAUACCUGAUUAUAUUGUAAUAUCAUAUAUCCUGUUUCAUUGUAUAUAAUUAUUAUAAUUAAUGCUAUAUUCUAUAUUAAUACUAUAAUAUUAUAUAUAAUAUCAAACAUAUUGUACCUAUUUUAAAUUCUUGGUUUUACUAUGAUGUAUGUGUAUUUUGUAGUUUUCUUAACAAUUGAGAAAAACUGGAAAAAAAAAACAUAGGAAUAACGAGGCAAUGUACCUAGAGUUUUAUAUUUUUGAUUUUCUGUUUUUGUUGUAAGUUGGUUAAAAAUAAUCAUAGAUAUCUGAAAUUCUACAAAAUACUUAUAUUAGCCAUUUAUCAACGUGGUCUAAUAUUAAAAACAUUUUAUUGUCAUUCAAAUAUAAGUUUGUACAAAAAUCGUAAAAAUGUUUACUGUAUUUCAAAAUAUGUAUACAUUUCUCUCAUAAUCAUUUACCGUUGCAUUCAGAUAUAAAUUAAAUAGGUAGUUCUAUUUAUUUUAAAUAAUACAAAACAUUUUAUUUAUUAAUUUUUACCUGUCUAAAAUCAAUAGCCAAAAAUUUACUGUUAAAAUUGUUAAAUAUAUUUUUGUUUAUAUAUUUUCAAAUUUCAACAAAUAUGUUUUUUUUUUAGGUGGGAUCGCCCCUGUAUGUGGCACCAAUAAUGAGCAAAUCUGCCGCAGAAGUUUUAGCAAAACAUCGUGCUGAUCAAAUCAAACAAAAUGGCAAUACUAAAAUAUUUGGUGAGACAUUAGCAGCUGCUAUUGGAACACAUUGGAAUGAAAAGUUACUAACAAGUUGGCAUCAUGCUGCAGCACACGUUUUAAGUCCGCCAUUAAGUUCGGAUCCCAAUACUUCGCCGUACUUAUUAAAUAUGUUAGCCAGGUAAUAAUUUGACCACCUAGCUAUAGGAUAAUUUUAUUAUAUAUAUUAUUAUUAUAUAAUUUAAUGAGUUUUAAAAUUUAUUUUUAGGGAUAAAUUACAAACAACUGGAAGUAAUAAUACGACAUUUAACUAUGAUCAAAAAUCAUUGGGUAAAGAUGAUUUUAGUAAGAUACCUAAUGGUGUUAAUGGAAUCGAAGAUCGUAUGUCUGUUGUAUGGGAAAAAGGUGUGGAAUCAGGACUUAUUGAUCCAUGUCAUUUUGUUGCAAUAACCAGUACAAAUGCUGCAAAGAUUUUUAAUAUUUAUCCAAAAAAAGUAAGUUUUAUUAUCAAAUUAUAUUAAUAUCAAUAUUAUUAAAUUAUCCUACUAUAAAUAAUUUUCCUACUUGUAUUUGUUUAUCAAAUAAAGUCCUUUGCAUUACAUCAAUUUUUCAUAAUAAUUAAUAAUAUAGUUUGUGUGUCCGAAUUGUGUACGAAAUUAUAAUAUAUGUUGAGUUGCAUGCGUGGAUUUUUGGAGACUGAGUUGAGUUGUGUGCAUUUUUUUUUUUAAAUUUUAGGUUUUGCAAUAAAACUUCUGGAAAUACUCUUUUUUUUUUUGAUUCUACAAUUUAAAAUUUAACUUCACUAGACCCAAGUGAUUAAUUUGUUUAAAUAUAUAAAAUUUACACAUUCUUUUUGUGCAUGCCCAUCUCUCAUUAUUUGAAAACUAUCACAAAAAAACUGCAAACAUAACUGAAUUGUCCACCAACAUAGAUCUCUUUUUUUUUUUUUAAUGCAGCCAUUGAUUAUUUAUUUCAGGGUUGCAUAAAUGUUGGUUCAGAUGCUGACAUUGUCAUAUGGAAUCCAAAAGGCAAACGUACUAUUUCUGCUAAAACUCAUCAUCAAGCAGUUGAUUAUAACAUUUUUGAGGUAAAUAUAUUGCAAUUUUAAAAAGUCAAAAUUAAUUAAACAGUUUUAAAAAAAUUCCAAGUUUACUAAAUUCAUACAUAAAUAUUUGCAAAUUGUAGGGAAUUGAAUGUCAUGGUGUUCCUGAGUAUGUGUUGGUUGGCGGUCGUGUUUGUGUUGAUGAAGGAAUUUUAAAAGUUGUUCAAGGUCUUGGAAAAUAUAUUCCCAUGUCUACAAAUUCAGAAUUUGUUUAUAGCAACGAAAAGGUAUAAAUUAUAGUUUAUGCUUGAAGUUACAAAAAAAAUAAAGAUGUGACAUACUUUGCAUGUGGGUGCAGCCACUGUUGUAGGUGGAAAGUUGGGAAGGUAGGAUAUAGAAGAGAAUUUAAUGUAUAUCUGCAAGCAAACCAUUGCUACUGAAAAACGAUUCUGAGCAGAGUUAAGUUGACAGUGUUGCUUUGUCAACAAAACAAUAUAUUGUAUAUAUCAUAUUAUGGUAAAAUGAUUAUGAUUGUUUAAAAAAGUAUAAAUAAUAAAAACUUAAUAACAAAAAAUAAAUAAAAACGGUUGCCAAUGACAACCUUAUUUUUAACCUUUCAAUCUUUCUUAACCUAAAGACCGAGGUUUUCCUCAUUAUCUCGAAUAUUUAUGAACAUUUAAAAAAAUGACCUCUCUAAAGUACCACUCGGAGAAAAUUUCCUUUCAGAAAAGGUGCUAUACUUGAUAAUUUGAAUAUGCUUUCUGGUAGAAAGUGUUCACAUAAAAAUAAACAUCAUUAUAAAACUAAUACAUUUUUUGCCAAACUCAGAAACUAAAAGAAUACAAUUUUCAGUUGUUUCAAUUUAUAAUAAUUUUUAGCUCAGUAUUAAGUUGUUUCUCACAUUUAUGUAUGUUAUUGUAUCAAAUAACUAUACAUAUCUUAUUAUGCAUUUUUAUAUUCAGAAUGUAUUGGUUUUACAAUGAUGUUUUUUUUAAAAUUGUUAUGUGAACACUUUUUCUACCUGAAAGCAUACUCUGAUUACCAAGUAUAGCACCUUUUCUGAAAGGAAAUUUUUUCUGGGCGGUACGUUGAAGAGGUUAUUUUUUGAAAUUUUCAUUAAUAUUUGAGAUAAUGAGAAGUACCUCAGUUUUUAGGCUAAGAAAGAUUGAAGAUUAAAAAUAAGGUUGUCAUUAGAAACUGUUUUAUUUAUUUUUUGUUAUUUUAAUCUUUUUUAAAUAAUCAUUUUUGUCAUAGAACUCAAAUCGUAAUCAUUUUACCAUAAUAUGACAUAUAUAUUGUUGACAAAGGAACAGUAUCUGAACUCUGCUCAAAAUCAAUUUUUCUUUAGCAAUGGUUUAUGUUUCCUUACAAAUAUAUAUUAAAUUCCUAUCUGUAGCCUACAAAUAAAUAUUAAAUUCUCUUCUGUAUCCUACCUUUCCACGUACAACAGUGGUUGCACUCAUGUGCAAAGUACAUUCUACCAUUUUUUUUGUGUAGUGGUUUCUCAAAAUAAAAAUUUAAAAAAAUUGUUUCAUUUAUUCCUGAAUUAUUGAUGCACAUAUUAUUGCAAUAAUAAUACAUAGCUCAGAAUUUAAGAUAUAACUUAAAAUAGAUAUAUAGGACAGGUUAGGUAUGUAUAGAUAACUCUAAAUAUUUUUGGAAGGAUAAAUAAUUUGUUUUCUUUUACAUAUGAAGGUAUCUGAAAAAAUAGAUGAAGUAAAUGGACUCAAUGAAGAAAUUGAUGAUGUUAACACUAAAACAUUGAAUUUACAAAUUUCUCCUCCUUCAAGUGUUACAAGCGAAGUUACUACCUGCACUAAAUCUCCAAUGAUACAUACAGGAAAAGGAAUGCGUAUGGAAGGGCAGAGAGAUCUACAAAGCUCCACAUUUUCAAUCAGCUGUAUGUUAUAUUACCUAACAAUAUUAAAAUCUAUUUUAAUUAUAAAGUAAAAUAAUAAUAAUCUGAAAAAGUAGAAUUAGAAUAAAUUUGAAUUUCAGUAAUUUUCAAUGAAUAAAAUAUUAUUUCAGCUGAAUUUGAUGAUCCUGUUAAGAAGUCAAGUAUUCGUGUGAAAAAUCCUCCUGGUGGACAAUCUUUAGGUUUUUGGUGAUUUGCAUAAUAUGUGUAUGCAUAUUUUUAUAUAUUAACAUUUUAUUCUGCUCCUAGUCCAAAAAUUAGAAAAUUAUAUAACCACAUAAUUAAUUUGCCUUUUUUUUUUAUGUUUACAAAGUAGCUUUUAUUGACACUGCUUAAAAUUAUAAAUUAAGAAUAGUACUUAACAUUUAAUUAAAAAAAGUUAUUUUUUUGUAGUAUACUCAUACUCAUUACUCAUUCUGAUUAAUUCACAUAAAUUCUUCUUUCUUUUUUUAUUAAAUUACAUUUUUUAAAUAUUUGAUAUGCAAAAUAUGCAAUUAUAAUUAUAAUAGUUUAGUCAAAAUGUGUUUAAAUUAAUCUACAUUUAAAAUUAAAGUUAUUAAACGAAAUAAUUUUCUGCUUGUUAUCAGUAUAUGCAUUUUACAUACAUUUAUUACAUUUAUUAUUAAAUUAUACUUCAUAUAAUUAGCAUAUUAUAAUUGUUUUAAUUUUAUUAAGCCUUCAUAACUAAUAUUUAAAUUUCCAUAUCCAUCUUCUUAUUCCAUGUAUAGAUAAAUAAUACAUAUUAUCUAUGGUUCCAUGAGCUACAGUGUACUGUUUCUUAAAAUCUGAUGUUUGGAGUAUCUUAGCUGCAAACUUAAAACCUAAAAUCAUGCUGCACUUUGUUUUAUGGGUUGCUUUAAUAAUGAUGAAUUGAUGCAAAUGAUAAUGGUUAAAGUUACAUAAUACAAGAUAAAGAGACAAUAAAUAAUUUAAAUAACCAU